AAAUUAAAAAUAAAGCACCGUUGCAAAUUGUGUUUACAUGAUAUGUAUAAAUUUACUGAAAAAUAUAAGAUUUAUCAGUCAUUUACGUAUUUAUGUAUCAUAUAUAAGAUGUAUUUAGAUAGAUUGAAUGUAUUUUAUGCAUGAAUGUUGAAUGUGAUGACCUAGAAUGCAAGUAAACCUAAAAAAAAACAUGAAACUAUGAGCUUACCUUACACCGAUCUACACCCAUGAGCAUAACUGUAUUUAUGCAUUAUAAAUUAAUCUAUCCAUCUCUACGUGUCGGUUGAAUUUUAAGUAGGAAAAGCCGAAAUAUGUGUAAUAUAAUAUCCAUCUUGAUCAAUAAUAUUAUCAGAUACUUGUCAAGCUGAACUUAUAUUAACUCAACUUUAAAUUUUUAUUGUUCAAACUAAAUGUUUAUUUUUGAGUGUGUGCUGUAACAUUCUUCGAGAAGCUAAAUAAAAAUUUUGUUCCAAUGGUUUAUAUUUUGAAUAACAAUUAAAAAAAAAAAAAAAAAAAAAAAAAGAGGAUAAAAUGCCUGACAUCAUUGAAGAAAACAUACAACAAGUUUUAGACGGAUUAAAACUAGAUGAAGAUGAAAAAUUUUGUGACUUUUCUCUAGCACAACAAAACGAGUCUAAUGAAGCUAAGGGUAUAAAAUCAACAUCCAGCUCCAACUAUUUACCAAUCUGUCAGAAAACAGUAACGUAUAUAGUCGCAGCAGUAAUAAUAAAUGACAAAAAUGAAGUGCUGAUGAUUCAAGAAGCAAAAGCAUCAUGUGCUGGUAAGUGGUAUUUGCCGGCUGGUCGUGUUGAACCAAAUGAAACUUUAAUAAAUGCAGUAAAACGUGAAGUAUUAGAAGAAACUGGUCUGUCAAUGGAACCAAAGUCAUUGAUAAUGGUAGAAUGUGCUAGUGGUUCAUGGUUUAGAUUUGUAAUGGUGGGAGAUAUUACUGGUGGAGUACUGAAGACUCCUGAUCAAGCCAAUGAAGAAUCCCUGCAAGCAUCAUGGAUUAGUAACGUUAAUGAUUUAUCACUCAGAUCUUCUGAUAUCUUACCACUCAUACAGCGUGCAAGAGAUCGUAAAAUUGCUAGUAACCCACCGUGGCAUUCACCAUUGCUACCAGUUGAGAAGUCAUGGAGCAAACUUUUUAUACGGCUUAUUGUUUGUAUAAAAAAAAAAGCAACGAAUCGAAUGCAUGUUCUUAUAUCAGAAAAAUCUUGUUUGCAUCUACCAAUAUGUGAAAUAAAUCCAAAUAAAAAUUUACAUUCAACUUUACAUAAAUUCAUGGUUGAAAUUUUUGGUAACGAUGUGCCUCAACACCGACCACACGGACUUUUGUCAGUAGAAUACAGCGGUGAAGAGUCGGGCGAUGGAAUUUGUUUUACAAUAUUAGUAUCAUUUCGUCCAGCUUUAGAAGAAGUAACAAUUAUGGGUAAAUAUGUUUGGCAUGAAGUGAGCAAAAAUAUUGCUGAUUCAAUUGCUGUGCGCUUACCUCGUAACAUGACUAUACCAUUAAAUGUUGUUCGAUAAUCUAACUAUUACUUAAUUUAUACAUUAAGAAUGUUUAUUCAUAAUUCAUAAUAUUUAAUAUUGUGAAAGAAGAAAUUACCGUUGUUUUUUAUAAAUAUAUUUAA